AGUGACAAAAUCUCAAAGAAAAAAUUAAAAAAAUAAUAAAAUCAAAUAGUUUAAAUUUCAAAAGAAUUUAUUUAAUGUUUUUUUUUUUCAUCUAAGUUCUAUAAUGUUUUCGUCUUCUGAUGUAAUAAUUGAAUUUUUUCUUAAGCUUUCCGAACGCGUUCGGAAAUGUAUUAACCAGCCAGUCCCAUCGAAAUCACGAGCAGCCACAGAAACAAUUGAUAAUCUGUUACUCUGUGAAACGUAAAAUUGAACCGGGUCCUAAAUAAAAAUAGAAGAAAUUUGGCCAAAAUUCACGUCACACGGAGGAGAUUUCGUUUUCCAUUCAGCUCGUGAUAAAAAUAUAACACUACGUCUAAGUGAAAGUUCGAGUUUUCUUAUCAAUGACAUCAAUGUGAUAAAUUCAUUACAAAAAGCUUCAGAACAAAGUAAACCUACAGACGAAAUCAGUAUCGAAAAAUUACCCAUUCAAGUGCAAAUUUUAAAAACCGAUAUCCAAAGAUUUGCAAUUCGAUUGAGACGUUAUGAAAAUAGGUAAGAAUCUAUCAAUAUUGAAAAACAAAGUUUAUUUGUGUGUAUUUCGGAAAUUUAGGACCUCAUCGCUGUCCAUGAAUCGUGUGAUAACUUUUGAAACGCGAUUAAUGACACUCACGACUGAAGUGGAUCGAAUAAUUAGCAAGCUUUCAACUAACAAUUGUGAAUCGAUUCCUUGUAAAAAUGGUGGAACUUGUUAUAAUUUGUAUGAAGAUUUUAAUUGUGAAUGUCCCAAUGCUUGGACGGGCAAAACUUGUGAGACAGAUGUUGACGAGUGUCAAAAUUUUAACGGAACCGAUUCGGGUUGUCAAAAUAAUGGAGUUUGUAUAAAUUUACCAGGAAGUUAUCGAUGUAACUGUACAAAUGGUUUCCAUGGAGCUCACUGUCGCGAUCGUGUGGCUGAUUGUGUCAAAUCCAGACCUGGAGAGUUAUGUGGAAAGGGUCAAUGCAUUCCAGCAAAUAAUACCUUGGGCUAUCAGUGUUUGUGUGAUGCUGGGUGGAAAGUUGACAAUAUCACUCAGUCUUGCACGGUUGAUGUUAACGAAUGUCUAGAAUCGUUGGUUUCAUGUCAUACAAGUUGUAUCAACUUACCUGGAACCUUUGUUUGUGGACCUUGCCCAAAUGGAUACACUGGUAAUGGUGUCGUUUGUCGGGAUAUCAAUGAAUGCGAAAAGGAUAACGGAGGUUGUAGGAUGAUGCCGAAAGUCCGGUGUAUUAAUACCGAGGGAUCACAUCGAUGUGGAAAAUGUCCUCCAGGUUGGACAGGUGAUGGGACAUACUGUAGCCAGGCAGAAACUUAUUCAUGUGAGUCAACGAAUAUUUGUCAUCCACUGGCUAAAUGUCAGUAUAUUUCGAAUGUGAUGGUUUGCGUGUGUCCUGAAGGCCUGGUAGGCUCUGGAUAUGGCCAAAAAGGUUGUAGAUCGGGCUCAGCUAAUCCCUGCAAUGAACACAACUGUCAGAACGGUGGAACAUGUGUGAAUGUUGGUGGCAUGGCAACAUGCAUAUGUCGUGAUGGCUUUGAAUCUGCUCAUUGUGAAAUACAAAACAUAUGCUUAUCAAAUCCAUGUUUAAACGGUGGAACUUGUACCAAACACCACAACGAUACCAUUUGCGUUUGUCCUCGUGGAUACUCUGGCAAUUUAUGUCAAACCAGAAACGCAGUUUGUGGCAGUGUAAUAACUCAAGCUUCUGGUGACUUAACAAGUCCCACAGCACGUGGAAGUAACGUUUAUGGUCCAAAUCAGUCAUGCGCUUGGGUUAUUCGGACUGAUUUCGAUCUCAUUCUGAAUGUGACGUUUAGCCGUUUUGACAUUCAGUUUGAUGCAACAUGCAGCAAGGACUGGUUGCAAAUCAAUGAUGGCAAGUCUCUGUCAGCACCAGUAAUUGGACGAUUUUGUGGCAAUGAGUUACCAAAAGGAAGUGGUAACCUUCAAUCUUCUCAUAACACACUGUUUUUGUGGUUCCACACGGAUUAUGCUAUCAAUGGAACUGGGUUCGCUUUGAGUUGGACAAGUGUCACACCGAUUUGUGGUGGUCGCUUUAAUGUCGAUGAUCAAGCUCAUGGGGUCAUUAAAUCACCAGCUUAUCCUGGUAAAAGUCCACCAAAUCGUGAAUGUGAAUGGGAUAUAAUUGCUCCCUUAGGGAAACGUAUAUUGUUUCGGUUCUUCGAAGUGGUAAUGGACAACUCAGCUAAUUGCACAAAAGAUGCAUUGAUUCUUUAUGAUUCAAAUGAAGUAUUGGAGAAGAUUUGUGAAACAGGUGUUCCACCGCCGAAAUAUUCAUCAACCAAUUCAGUCAAGGUACAUUUCCACACGGAUCGUGGGAGGCAAGACAGCUUGUUCCAUAUGCAUUAUGAGGUUGUCGAAGGCAAGCCUGGUUGUGGUGGACUUUUGACGGAAGAAAAGGGAAAAAUACUCUUCACGGCAGACCUGAAUAGAUGUGUGUUUUUGAUCCAGCAACCUGUUGGAACUAGGAUUGAAAUAACUUUUGUAAAACAGGAACCAGAAGAGGGAAGUGCUUCGUUUAAGGUGCACCGGUCUUUGCUUACCAUUAGGCAUUUUUUGUAUGUUAUCAAGAUCUACGAUGGAAAGACUGAGGAUGACCCUGUUAUAUCUGACACUGAUGGAAAGUUAUCCCCUGGUAAUUGUACAUCGAAUGGAAAUUCGUUAUUGAUUGUCGCUCAAGUGGAAACACCUACUUGGUUUCGUCUUGGGUCUCUUCCAAAUGCCAUUGUGUUUGAGGCAAAUUUUAAACGAGUUUGUGGUUAUGAGUUGCGGGACGCAUCUGGUGGAACUAUAAAGACUCCGAACUAUCCCAAACCUUACUAUGAGGGAUUAGAUUGUGUCUAUUCUGUUGUGGGACCUCUUAAUUCCGUCGUUCAUUUACGCAUAACUGACUUUGAUUUAUCGGAGUAUGAUGAAGGCUGUGAUGAUGGUUCUGAUUUCAUUGAGAUAUAUUAUUCACUAAACGGACCACCUCAACGUCACUGUAAAGGUGGACAGAUGCAUGUCAUUGCUCCAAGUAACUACCUUGACUUGGGCUUCCAUUCGAAUACUAAUCCCCAGAAACGUAGGGGCAUAUCAGCAGAAUAUAAUUUUGAGCAAAUUGGUUGCGGUGGUGUACUUCGAGAAGCUGUAGGCAGUUUUGAACUUUUGAAUCCUUCAAGCCCCACCAACUCGUAUUGUGAGUGGAUCUUAGAAGCACCUGAUUCAAAUGUUAUUUCAUUGGAUCUUACAUACCGUCGAAGUGGAACUAAAUGCGCUUCAGGUGAAGUUGAUUUGAAGAUUUUCCUCAACCGAACUGGAAGUAAUGAUGGACGUUUGGUUGAAAGCCAUUGUGGUGAUGAAAAAAGGAUUGUAACAAUCUUGCCGUCAAAUAUAGCUACAGUUUUUCUAAAACUAGUACCGCCAUCUAUUGGAAAUGCUGUGACAUAUGGAAUUAGAGCAAACUACACAUUUACUCCAAGAUCAUCAAGUUGUGGAGGAAAUUAUAGUUUGCUUUCGGGAUCAAUUCAAUCACCUGGCUGGCCAGAUGAAUAUUUCGAAUCCACAGACUGUAUUUGGGUCAUACACGCCCCCUUGGGUAAUAAAAUUGAACUAAUUCCAAGAAAUUUCUCCCUCGAAACAAAUUACAAAGAAUUUUGUCAUGAUUAUUUAGAAAUAAGAAAUGGCAUGACAGAGGCGUCUCCAUUGAUUGGAAAAUUCUGCGGUACUGAAAUUCCACCGCAUAUUCCCUCGUUUACCAAUCAUCUUUAUCUACAUUUUCAUUCGGAUUCCUCACUUAACUACCCCGGUUUCGAUAUUACCUUUCAACAGACCUCGACAGGUUGUGGAGGAUCACUUACUUCUCAUACAGGAUCAAUAGCUUCACCACAUUAUCCAGAACUAAGUCGUGGACCUGUUCAAUGUGAUUGGAAGAUCACAAUUAGCAAAGGUUCUUCAAUCGAUGUUCGAAUUACGAAAAUCGGGCCAACUGCAAAUUUAUGCUCAAACGAUGUUCUAACUAUUUAUGACGGUCCUGACAGUUUGUCCAAGAAAUUAUCAAUCAAUUGCUCCUCCGAUGGAGACAUUAGUCUAAGCUCAAGUAAAAAUGUGAUUUUUAUUCGAUAUGUUCUGCCAGAUGACGGAGCAGCUGAAGAUCAACAAUUUUAUCUCGAAUAUCAAACCAAUUGCCAACAAACCUUAAAUUCAGUUGAAGGUGUUAUUGAGUCACCAAAUUUCCCAAGCAACUAUCCUGACUCUCUUAAAUGUGAGUGGACAAUUGAAGGUCGUAAGGCUGAGACCAUUUCAUUGACUUUUUCACAUUUCGAGCUUGAAGCUCUGGAUCUACAGUGCCGGUAUGAUAAAUUCGAAGUUAUCGAUAUGAAAGGGGAAGAUGUUUUACAAAGUCACAAAAUCUGUCGAGAUCCGGCGGGGCUUUUAACUUCGGAUGGGAAUAAAUUAGUGGUCAGGUUUACAACGGAUUCACACAAUAAUGGAAAUGGCUUUCGAUUAGAGUACAAACGGAACGGAUGUGGUGGAUACAAGAACAGUCAUUGGGAUGAUUUUGAAACUCCAAACUAUCCUUAUAAUGUUAAUGUCGAUUGUGAGUGGUUUAUAGAAGCUCCGGCUGGAUGGCAAAUUGUCUUAUAUGUAACGGAAGUUCAUAUCGAAGGUGGUGAUAUAAAUUGUUCAACUAAUGGAUUGAUUGUUAAAAGCGAAAAAAACGAUCCAAAAAAUCUACUCAAAACGUGUGGCAUUCAAACGGAAGUAUCAACAAUAACAUCACAAGGAAGCACAAUGUACGUUCGAUUUUACUCGAAUUCUGUUCGAUCAAGAAAGUAUAUGAAGGCAUCUUUCCGAAGAACACAAGGAAAAUGUGGUGGUGUAAUUCACAACCAAGCCGGUGAAUUAUAUUCACCGAACUAUCCAAACAACUAUUCAUCAAAUACAUAUUGCGAAUGGAUGGUAACCCUGGGAAGUGAAAGGUUUAAACUUUCCUUUGAAUCUCUAGAAGCUCAUCAAACUAAUGGAAACGAAUGUGCAAAUGGAUUACUUGAUGUUUACGAUGGUUUAAAACGCGACGAGGAAAGGGUGCUUUUAGGCCGAUUUUGUAAUGAUGGUAUACGUCGAUCAUUAUACCACACUUUUAAGGGCAUUAUGAAUGUGAUAUUUAAUUCAGCAAAUAAGCCACCUGGCAAAGGUUUUAUAUUCAAGUAUAAAAAGGUUAAGUGUGGCGGUCUUUUAGUCAAGGAAGAGGGAACCUUCAGAGCAAGAGAAGAGGAUGGGUAUUGUUCUUGGUGGAUUUCAGUUCCAGAAGAAUCUCGAGUCACAGUAUCCUUUUCUAACGUUCAAUGUCACUGUGAUGGACUAUACCCAGAAAAAUGUGCAGAAAAUCGUGGUUUAAUGAUUAAAAUAUCAGACAGAGAUUAUACCCACAUCUGUGAAGCACAUCCACCUGAUUUGACCCUAACCACCUCCUCGAUGAUUGAUUUUUAUUCUCAACAUAUGUCAUACACUGCAAAAUAUACUCGCACUGGAACUGCUUGUGGAGGUGACUUAACUUCAUUGCGUGGUUCAUUGGCAUCUCCAUUUUAUCCAGAAUCAUAUCCAUCGAAUGUGGAAUGUAUUUGGAUCCUAAAUGCACCAUCGGGAAAUUAUUUAGAAUUGACAUUUGAUCAAAUGAACAUAACCAAUUCAGAGAAUUGUAAUCAAGACUAUUUAGAGAUUCGUGAAACAUCAAUCACUGGAAGAUUGCUGUGUGUAUUUUGUUCUAAUGUUUUACCGACGGAUAGUUUUCGAGGAUUCGAAAGAAUUUGGAUAAAAUUCCGAAGUGCCGAAGGCAGCACUGGAUUAGGAUUUAGACUAUCUUGGACAAAUUCACAAUUGAACGAAGUCAGUGGAUUUAAAGGGAAAAUUGAAUCACCGUCGAUUGUGUCAAUAAGAUCUGAAAGAGAACCAUUCCAAUGGAGGAUAACAGUACCGAGAGAUUAUCUUAUUUCGUUAACUUUUAAAGAAUACAAUGGUGGCUUGCAGUUAUUUGAUGGUUUUGACAAUACUGCUUUACCAAUUGAAAUCCAACUGUCACCGUGGCAGGUAACAUCGAGUAUGAAUGUCAUUUAUUUCAUGACAGAUAAUCAAAUGCUCGAUCAAUUCAUCAUUGAAUGGAAAGCAAUAUCCAAAGAUGUAAUAACACAAAAUCUACCAAUUAAUACCUGCAAUGAAACUCUACAAAUCUCGUAUAGAAGUACAGUGACAAUUUCAUCACCAGGCUAUCCAACUGGCUAUGAAAAUAAUUUACAAUGUCAAUGGCUUAUCAAGCCAGAUCAUCCAACAAGACAUGUUGUAGCUAAACUUUAUGAUGUUCGUUUAGAUAAAGUUGACAAUUGUCAAGCUGAUUAUUUGAAAGUAUUCAGCUCAAAUGAUUUACUGAGUUGGCAUGAAGAACUUAAAAUAUGUGACAGCCCUUCAAAAGGACCUAAUCCAAUAGCUAUCAUCCAUGGAACUCCAUAUCUUAAAUUACAACUUACAACCGAUUCGUCACUAAAUGCAACUGGUUUUACGUCGAAAGUGUUCACAACUUGUGGUGGUAAUUUGACAAAUUCAAUUGGAAGAAUACUUGACACAGAUAUUGUGAGUCCUGACAAUGAAUGGUACUUACAAAAUUGUACUUGGCACAUUGAAGUUGGCACAGGUAGAAAAAUUCAAUUUACAUUCAAUUUCCCCAAGAACAUGAGUCAACAUUCAUCUGAUCAAUGUGAGAAUUAUGCUCUAAUACGCGAUGGCGUAAAUGAUGGAGCGCCUAUUCUUCCUCCAGGAAGAAUUUGUUCGAAUAAAGAUAUCAAUGGUACAAUAACUACGAACUCAAAUCGGGCUACGGUAAGGUACACCCUCAAACCGAGCAGUUCCUUUUACUUAUAUGAAACACCUAUGUGGAAUUUAACUUAUCGUGAGUACAGCCAGUGUAAUGGCGAAGUACGCCUGACAUCAUACUCACCCUCCGAGUUAAUAAGCUCACCCAACUACCCGAACGUUCCCGAUCCACACACAGAGUGUAUUUGGAUAAUAAUAGCGCCACCUGGUGAGACAGUUCAAGUUGAGUUUGUUGGCAAUUUCAACAUGAACAUGCGACAAUGUUCAAAGGAAUUUAUUGAGUUCCGUGAUGGAGCAACAGAAAUAGCAAGAAGUUUAGGCAAAUAUUGCUUCAAACCAGGAAAAAUUCGAUCGUCAGAUAAUAUUCUUCGCAUGCGCUACCUUACCGACAUCGCAGAACCACGCAAUGGUUUCAAAGCUAACGUUUCCUUAUCGACAUGUGGUGGAACAUUUACCCAAUACAAUGAUUUUAUAACAUCGGCGAAUUAUCCAGCCCCGGGUGGAUAUCCGGCGAAUUCAAUAUGCGAAUAUGUCAUAAAAGUCUCCUCAACUUUUAGUUUCAAUUUAGCAUUCAUUGACAUUGAUCUGCCAUUCGAUGCAGCGAAUUUGAAUAGCUCCGAUCAGAUAAGAAUCUACCAAAUUGUCGAAGGUGAUUUGCAAAGAGUUGAAAAUGAAUUGGCAGUUAUUUAUGGCAAUACAACUACACCGACAGAUAUUAAAAUUCACAUCAACGAAGUGCUAAUUCGAUUUUACAGUUUUAAGGCGAAUUCAAAGUUCCGCGGAUUCAAAAUAAAAUAUGAUCGCUUAUUUAAUGAAUGCUACAAGGAUGCUUCGGGUGACCAUGGUGUCCUGACAUUAAGCAGCAUGACACCAAGGCGAAAAGCAAUGUCAGUAAUAUGCCGGUGGCGGAUAACAGUUCCCAAGGGCAAGCGGGUUAAGUUGGAUGUGAUUGAUUUCGAUGGAGGAGUUCAAGAGUCUGAUUUAACUAAAAACUUUACGGCAACCUUUUCCAAUGAUGUCUUUAUGCUCUCACGCAUCACAAUGGUUAAUUUGAACAACAUAACAACAUCCACGUCGAUAAGUUCUUCGGACAAUAAAAUGUUUGUUAAAAUUUUGGGAGCUUACACAGCGAGUUUGCGACGCGUGAAGUUUGAGUAUUCAUCAAUAGAAGAGUCAAACUGUCCCGAUGAUAUUACAGAAGACAGUGGCUCUUUUUCGGUUGCGAAAUUAGGUUCCACAUCGACUUUUUAUUGUUCUUUUUAUUUUAAAUUAAAUGGCGCCCAAACGAUGUCUUUCAAUAUUUCUCGCCUGAAUGUUGAAAUUCAUCGGCGCUCAGCAUAUGCGAUGUAUUUCAAAGAUGAACGAACUUACGAAUCGAUUCGUUUUUUUAGCAAAAACCUCACCAACAGUGUCUUGGCUAUUUCACCUAAACGUGGCUCUAUAAACAUUCUCCAGAAUGAUGUAGUUCGGAUUAAGGAACUCGAAGUUUAUUAUAAGAAAAUUCCAUGUGGAGGUGAAUAUCGUUUAGGUCAAAGGUUCGAGAUAACAAUGCCAAACUUAACAGCAGAAUAUGGCAGUCUUAAUUGUGCCUGGCAAUUCUAUAUAACCACGAAUAAAAAUGGCCACGAUUUAACGGCGAAUUUCAGUUUUGUGCUGCCUUGCAAAGACGAAUUUGUAACAGUUCAUGCCGGACGUUCAAAUGAAAAUUUAGAAAUUGCCAAACUUUGUCAAGGCCAAACGUUCAACACAGUUCGUCUGAAUUCGCUGCAUAUUUAUGUUCUCUAUCAUACAAAAUCAUACAACCCCAACAGUCAAAUGCGAAUAGUUUUUGAGCGAACUUCAAAAUGCAGCGAAAAGCUUAAUUUUGAAGUAUCAUCUACGGAAUCUUUGUCUUUCACUGCGACUGACUACAAGAACAAUCUCAAGUGUGUUUGGGAUGUGCAAGCGAGUGAAGGCUACUACUUGCAAAUUAAAUUUAGUGGACGUUUCUUCAUUGAAGAAAGUCAAAAUUGUACCAAGGACUUUCUAGAGAUAAGAAAGUUUGAAAACAACGAUUGGGUAUCGAUGCCAAGGUAUUGUGGUAGGAAUCUACCAUCUUCAAUAAAUACGACUUCAUCGAGACUUCAGUUGGUCUUCCAGAGUGACGAAGCGAAUACUGGUGAUGGGUUUAAUUUGUCCAUCAAAAAAACCUGCUAUGCAGUAUUUAAUGUCACGAAUGAGCAUCAAGUUAUUAAAUACCCAACUGGAUGGAGCGAUACCAGACAGAAUAUGUCUUGUGAAUAUCUCCUCCAGAACACCGAUCCUGAUAAGUACAUACAAGUGCAAUUUACAAAAUUUGUCAUUGACCACAGGAGCCGCUGUAAUUUGGCUCAUCUGAGCGCUGAGAUACGCUCCUCGAACAGGUCUAAAAAUGAAAUGGGACCAUAUUGCAUAAAAAAUGCUCUAAGCGAAUUAAGAGCCAAGGAGUCUAUUUUGAUAAACUAUGAAGCGAUAUUGGAAAUAGGAGACUAUGAAAUGGAAUUCUUCUUGGACAGUUGUGGCGGCGAAGUUAGAAGACCCAUGUGGAUAUCAAGUAUGAGGAACGAAGCAGGUGAUGGUUAUGCCAAUAACAUGAAUUGCAUAUGGAAUAUAACGGCUCCAGUGGGUCAUAAUAUUGUGAUUCACUUCAAGUACUUGAUUUUGGAUCAAAAUUUUUAUUGCACACAGGAUUAUGUUUCAAUUUACAAAGGUUCCCAAAUGAACAUUGACAAUCUUGAGGCGAAACUUUGUGGCAAUAUUACAAUUGACCCACCAAGUUUCCAUAUUGAAAGCAAUUCAGCAGUUUUGGCAGCAAUUUCUGACUCAUCCAUAACAAGAGAUGGAUUUUCAGCUCAGAUAAUGUUUAGCAAAGCAUGUGACGAGCGAAUUACGCUGACAGAAGCCAAUUCGCCAGUUGAUAUUGAUAGAAAUUUGACAGUUGUCAGUGGCGAAGUUAUGAGUUGUAAUAUUCGUGCAAUGGCGCCACCUGGUUUUAGAAUUGAAAUUGAAUUAAAGGAGUUAAAUAUAAGUAAGCAUAAUCAAUCAUGUGGUGCAGUGUGUGAAAAAAGCUGUGAGAAUGUAGAAAUAGUUGACAGCUUAAAAGCUGACAGUUUAGUUUUGGGAAGAUACUGUUGGGUAGGAGACGUCAAGCCGAAGCUUAAAUCUUCCUUUGAAGAUGUUGUGAUUAGAACAAACUUCGAACAGCCGGGAAUUCAUCUAUUCAAAGUAAAUCUUCGCCUAGUUCUAGCAGAUUGUGGCAAUCAAAGCCAAAUUUAUUUGGGGGUUGACGCAAAUAGCAUUACAAUUCACGCUUUGCUAGGAUCAAAUGGUUUAUAUCUACCCAACACUCAUUGCUAUUUGAAAAUUACUUCAAAGUUUGAUUUUGAGCUUAAAUUGACCGAUUUUAGCCUUCAAAAUAAAUCCGAUGUAACUGGCAGAUGCUUGGAUUAUGUUCUCAUAAAAAGUACAAAGCAAUCGUAUCCACAACAUUUAAUUAGUGAGCUUUGUGGUGUUAUUCCACCAUAUGUCAUCAAAGUUGAGCGUCCUCAAUUUGUCGCUGAGGCUGAGAUAACAUUUCAUAGCGAUGAAAAAGUUGAGUCUACUGGAUUUAAAAUGACAGCAAGAACAAUAAAUCUUUGCAAUCGAACAUAUACUCACACAUCUGGUUUGAUCAGUGGAGUUAUUACUAAUGAUUCUGGCUGUCAAAAUGACAUUUUACUACCAGAAAACUAUAUUGUAAAUUUGUAUAUUCCCGGCUUAUUCUAUUUAAGUGGUUCAAAUUCCUCCGAAGACUUUAUUCGAGUCAUUGAUAAAAAAACAAAUCGUCAAAUUUAUGAAGAUUUUAUGGAAACUAAUAGAGGUAGAAAGAUCUAUACGUCAACUGCUCAAAUCCAUUUAGACCUUAAGGCUUCCAGCGGUAUUGAAUUGCAGAUAUUUUACUACGCAAGUCCUAAGGCAACAUUAUUGGGUUGUGGUGGAAAUUUGGAAAUGCCAAUGUGUGUCGAUGGAAUUUGCUAA